AUGUCUUCUAUUGAUUAGACUAAACCGCGACGUGACUUAGAUUUUCUGGAAGGACCAGAUAACAAUUUAAGUAAUUUUCAUGACUUUGACAAUAUUAAUUUAAGACUAGAAGAUAAUGUCAAUGACAAUUUCGAUGCCGAUAGCUUAUAAGGAUACAAAAUAGGCUCUGGUGCUUAGAAUUAUCGUAUGCAAUAAGGAGCAAAUGAUUUGAUCUAGUCUUCGGCUGGCUAACCUAUGAAAUAUUCUGAAUUUUACAACUAGCAAGCAGGAGUGAACUAAGGAAAUGAUUCUUCCUUUGCAUACUAGACAAACUAUGAUUAAAAUUAAAUAAAAAAGCAAGGUAGUGGAAAUAAUGGAAAAGUGUAGAAUUAACAGAAUGGACCUAAUUAAUUUAACAAUUUUUAAGGUGUUUAAAAUGGAGGGAGUUAUUAAAACUACUCCUAAGAUUAAUUAGGAAUCAAAGGAAAUGGAAUUAGAGAAUAAAGCACAAGCAUUGGAUCUUAAAAGCAGAUUCAAAAAGUACCAAGUAGUAAUGGUUUAGACUAAGAGCAACAAAAAAAUAUAAAGUUGAUUACAGCAUUAAAGUCAAAUCCAUAAGAUUUGGAACACAUACUAGAAGAGUAAGAGAAGCAGUAAAUACAGAAAAAAAUGAAAGUUGAAGCAGACCAAAAAAGCAAUUUACAAAGACAUGCUUCAUCUAUUUAGCUGACAAACUAUUCCCCAACAAGGGAAACACUCAAAAGAGUUGAGUCUAACACCUCAUUGAAUGGAGAAAAGACUACUAGCUCCAAAAAUCUAUCUAAAAUAAAAGGAAAUGUGAAAAACGCUUACAUUAAGAAGAUUACAUCCCUGCUUAACCUUUAAAAUCCACCAAACGUUGAUUAAUAAGACAACUUCUAAGAGCCUAGAAGACCUGAUAAUUCUGAUGAUUCGGAUGAUUCAAGAUCAAAUUCUUUUGAUAAAACUAAGUAAGAAGAAGGUAAAAAAGUGAUGAAGAAUAGAGAAUCAGCAAGAAACUCUCGUCAAAGAAAGAAAAUCUAUAUUGAACUCUUAGAGAAGAAAAUUUCAGAAUUAACAAAUUAAAUCGAAGAGCAAUGCGUUAACAUAGAAAAAUCAUAAAAAGAAAUUUGUAAAAUACUAGACAACUACACCCACAUUAAAGCAUUCGUUUAAACGAGGCACGAUUACUUGCAAAAGAUAGGUGAAAUGGCAUAUACAGAAAAGCCAAACAAUGAGCAGCUAGGAUACAUUUUAGAUUCUCUAAGGCUUAGAAUAGGAGCAUAAGGAACUUGUAGACAAAAAGCUAUCUCACUCUACUUUAGAACAAUAAUGAAGCAAUUCAUGCAAUCUACCUUUCCUUAUCUAAUUUACGGAUACUAGCCUAAUAUGGGAGAGGAUCAAGAGUUCAAUAGAUGUGUUGAAAUUUUCAAAAAAAUUUGUACUAUAUCAGAUGAAACUCAAGUAUUUAAGUUCCUUCCAUAUCUAAAGAAAUUUUUAGAAAUUAGAUAGAAUUUUAAGGAUUGCUUUUAAAGAAUGAAAAAAAUCAGAAAAAAUGUUUUUAAGAGAGAAGAAUCGAUUGAAAAGCUCUUAGAUGGUCUUUCAUUACUUCAUCCUACAUAAAUGGGUAAAUUCUUAAAAGGACUAGAUAAGUUUAGAAAAUUACGUGAAAUCCGUUUACAAAGAAAGAUGAAUAGCGGUAGUUAAGAAGAUUUCGAAGUUGAUUAAACUUAAUUGUAAAAAUAAUAUACAGCUAAUCCAGAUAGAUAACUCAACAAGUUACGUCAGCAAACUGUUUAAAAUUAAUAUAUAAAUAAUAACUAAAGCAAUAACUAUGCUUAGUUCCAUUCCUAGCAAUAAUUCUAUUAGCCAAUUUCUCAUCCUCCUUAAAAUUUAGAAAUAUUAGAGGAAAAUGAAUUACCUUAGCAAUAAAAGCCUUUAGGAGUUCCAUAAAAUUAUUAUUAUCAAAAAUAGCAAUAACCUUAGUAAUACUUAGCAGGACCAAUGGCGUUCUCUAGCAUUAAAUAAGACUCAGCACAAUAAAACGGAUAAAAUUAUAUAUACCCAUCUUAGCCCAGUAACAUGAAUAGUUAAAAUAUAAAUUUAAAAAAUCCAAUAGACUAUGAUUAAUAUUAUCACUAGCAGCCUUAUAAAAAGUAAUUCCCCUCAAAUUAACAAUACUGA